UUCACGUGGCCUCAAGGCCCCAAGGGCGUGCUGGCGGACUGGCGCCGCUACAAGCAGCUGGAGGCGGAGGGGCGCGAGGGGGCGCGGCGCGAGCGCGAGCACCUCCACCGCUCCCUCGCCUUCACCUGCCAGUCGUACGGCGACGAGCAGCGCGAGCGCGAGCACCAGCUGCAGGAGCGCAUCGCCAAGAAGCUGACCCUGAAAGACGACGACGAUGACGUCGACGCGGACGACGCCGACGACGCGGCCUUCCUGAGCGAGUACCGCGAGCGGCGCAUGGCCGAGCUGCGCCGGCGCCUCUCGUCGGGCCCCCGCUACGGCGCCGUGACGGAGCUGCCGGGCGGCGAGGCGCUGCUCCGCGCCGUCGACGAGUCUCCCCCCCGCACGCCGGUGCUGGUGCACGUGUACGACGACGCCGUGCCCGCCUGCGCCGCCCUCGACGGCUGCCUCGGCUGCCUGGCGCCGCGCUACCCGUCGGCGCGCGUGUGCCGCGUGCGCGCCGCCGCCGUGGCGGGCCUGAGCGCGGCGUUUGCGAGCCGCGCGCUGCCGGCGCUGCUGGUGUACCGCGGCGGCGAGCUGGUGGGCAACUUCGUGCGCCUCUCGGACCAGCUGGGCGACGACUUCUUCGCCGACGACCUCGAGAGCUUCCUGGGCGAGCACGGCCUCCUGCCCGAGAGGGACGGCGCCGGCGUCGGGGGGGGCGGGGGUGGGGGGGGAUCGGACGGCUCGGCCUGCCGGCGCUCCGUCGCGGGGCCCGCCACCACCGCCGCCGCCGCCGUCGCGGCCGCUUCCAGCGACGACAGCGACCUGGACAUAGACUAGCGGAGGCCGUGGUGUGGCCGAUUCGUCGCGCGGUGUGUCGUGUCCGCACGGGGGUCGUGUGUCUGCGCGCGCGAGUUCCCGUUGCGUCAUCGCGGUCCCUGCCGGUCGCGCCCCCUCCCCCUCCGAAGUCUCCGCGACCCGAAGGUCACCCGGCCGCCGUCGCCUCGCGGCCCGGCAUCCCCGGUGUCGGUGCGACGCUCGAUGGGUGUGGAGUCUGGUAAUCGCCACCAUCGUCCGGAGAUGUUUAUAGUCGCGCGCGAUCGCCGUGACGACACUCUGUACCACUUCCACCCUCACCCCCCCACUGCACCGUCCAUCCCCUCCCCCCCUCCUCCUCCCCCCCCCCUCCUCCUCCCCCCCCCCCUCCUCCUCCUCUCACUUCACCCGCUGGCUGGACGUGAGAUCGUUGAAGCGUCGAUCAGCUGGCCCAGACCCUGGUGACCGCACGCUGGAACGUGGGGUGGCAUGGGGAGGUGGCAUGCAGUGCUGCAGAGCGAUGUGA